AUGUCUUCUCGUCCACUAUCCCUAGUUUGGUCACCUCACAAAGGAUCCAACCAAUUUUUGGUUGAUUCUAAUAAUGAUUUGAGGUUAUAUGAAUAUAAUCCAAAGGAACCGACCAAUUUAAAUUUUAGAACUAUUGUUCUUCCUCCUCCCGAUCCUUCUUCUAGAUUGACGUAUUACGCGUGGUCUCCGGACAGUAAUUAUAAAGGUCUUUUAGCCGCCGGUUACUCGAAUGGCAAAAUUUUCUUGGGGAACUUUUGCGAUGAGGACCAGAUUUCCACGAACGCAUCUAUAAGCAUCCAAAGACAAUCUCAUGGUACAUUGUCCAUUAAAUCCACUAGAUCAUGUAAUGCAAUGGCGUUUUGUCCAUAUGAACCGCGGCUUUUGGCAGUAGGAUAUGAAAGAUGGAGGACCGAAUAUUCUCUGUUGAUAUGGGAUGUCGAACAAGCAAGAAUUAUAAAUAGUUUUGGAGAUAACAAAAAUUCCGGUGCAAAUAGUUCGUUUAAUGAACCUUCCAUUAAGAUUGGAGGCACCAAUGGGCCGAACUCGCAGAAUGACAUUGGUGAUUUGGGAAUUCAAGGAACGAUGGUCGCAGCAGAUGGCCAAGUAAUUUCGCGUCCUUCAAUUGUAACCAGUCAUAGCCGCAUUGAAGAUAUGCGACCAAAGAAUACUUAUGGUUUUGGAGAGAAUGUUGUAUCUUGUUCUUGGUAUUCAAAUAGAAAAAGAUUGGUAUCUGGCGUGCAAUCAAAGAAUUUGAAAUUUUAUGACUUAAGAAAGGAAGGUCAUACCCACGUGAUACCUACGAGAGCUGUUUAUGGUGUGACGGGAGAUCCUCAUCGCGAACACCGUAUUGCUAGUUACGAAGAUGGGAAUAUCUAUUUAUGGGAUGACCGUUUUCUUGCCUCUCUAGAAAAGGAUUCAAAUUACAUAACGUUAUAUGACAUAGAAGAUUGUGUGCCGAAUAUUGCACCGGUGCCAUUAAAUAGGAAUCCAUCUUUUAACGGUACCGAUUCAGUGUUGAACGAGGUUCCGCCCGUAAGAAAUGUUGCCGGAUACGUGUCUGCAGGAAUGACAGAUGACGAAUCCGGCAUUCCAAUUUUAUGGAAAUCUAGGAGAAUUAAUGCCAAUUCACCAAAAAAUCUUGCUUUAUUCUCGUGGAUAUCAACCUUCACAUCACCGUACAAUCAUUUCAUGACCAUAAACAAAGAUGUCGAAUUGAGGCCUCUAUUUAUGGAAGAGGCUCCUCCGUUCAAUUGGGGAUCCGGCGGUAGCAUAGUUAUUUCUAAAGCAAAAAGUUUUUUUGAACUUGAUCCAACACACGAGGAAACUCUGGAAACAACCAAUGAACGCCAUGUUGAGCAUCCUGAAGAAAAAAAGAAUAGCCUGUCGGUCAAGGGAGACGCUGGACAGAAGCAACGUGUCUCUUUAAAUCCGAAAUUAGAUCACUAUGAAGAUACAUCACGACCUUAUGAUAUGAAUAAAGAUUCGAAUGCUGUCUCACCACAGCAAUUCAAAAGUAUAUUGACAAAUCAGAAUCACAAAUCACGAGACGGAGAAAUGGAUGAUAAUGUGUUAUUGGUAUCAAAUACGUUGAACUUGAUGCAAGAGGAUAUUUCGGUAGUGAUGCAUAAACGGGCGAUGAGCGGGUAUUCGAUGACCUGUCAAGUAAAUGAAGAAAUUGUGAAAGAAGCACCGAUGUUAAAGGCUUUAUGGAGUUGGAUAGCUCAGGCCGAAAAGCUUGCAGAUGGAAAAGCAACGAUUGGGAAUAUUGACCAUAGCUAUCAUGGUGUUUAUUCAGUGUGGACAGCGCCGGCUGCUAUAAUAAAACAAUCUCCCAAGCCUUCUCUGAGAACUGAAGAAGUAAUAGGUCCCGAAACUUCAAAUGAUAAUGAUACGUUCACAGUCACCACUUCAAAAUUACAGCAAAGGAAAUUGUCGCUGACCAUAUGUGGUUGGGGAUUUGAAAAAAAUGAGUUGGAGAAUACGCUUCUCAAAAUGGAGCAGUCUGGUAAUUUUGAAAAGGCUGCAGGUUGGGCCCUGUUCCACGGAGAGACAGAACGAGCCAUCGAAAUUUUGAACAAUAGUCAAAAUGAGCGGUUGAAAUUAGUGUCCACUAAUCUCGCCAGCUUUUAUUUGAGCAAUCGAGAAGAAUAUCGAGAGAAUCAGCUUUGGCAGAAUAUAUGCAGGAGUUUAAGUUACGAAAUGGGAGAUCCUUAUCUACGGGCAAUGUUUUCGUACAUGGCUUCUGGUAAUUGGGAUGAUGUGCUACGAGAAGAUGAGCUUGAGCUACGGGAUCGUGUUGGCGUGGCGUUAAGAUUCUUAGAUGAUGAUAAGUUAAGUGCUUAUCUAUAUGAAACCACCGAGAACGUUAAAAAAACAGGAAACGUUGCCGGGGUAAUCUUGACAGGAUUGACUCCCGAGGGA